UGGUGAUUUUAGCGGGCGCCCAGCAGCACGUUCUGCACCCUUUGUUGUGCAGGAUAAUCAUGGGCGUGAGCUUUACAGGUGCGAAAGUGUGAUGCUGGUUCUGUAGAUUCUCUCAAGUGUUCACUAUAGACAUGAUGACCGCGAUCACGAGAGGGGCUACCGUCCCAGAGAUCCACGAGUGGUUAUGAUAGAUCCCAAUCAACAUAGUUCAAAACGCCCAAGUAGUAGCAGGAGUUACUCGUCCCAGAACUAUCACUCCGAUCCCUCUUAUGGGUACUACGAUGACUACUCGCCCCAUAAAUACCACUCCGAUCCCUCGCACAGGCACCACGAUGACUACUCGUCUCAUAGAUAUCACUCCGGUCCAUCGUACAGGCACUACGAUGACUACUAUCAUGAGAACAGGGGUAAAGGUUACAGGGAUAGAGAGUACUACAGAGACCCCUACCGAGAUAGGGAACACAGAGAUCCCUACCGGGACAGGGAACACAGAGAUCCCUACCGGGACAGGGAAUACAGAGACAAGGAAUACAGAGACAAGGAAUACAGAACACGGGAUCGCCGAGACAGACAGCCGCGAGGUAGAGGCUACCAUGGAAGGGAUGAUUGGCAGCCCGAGGACCAGCCACGAGGAUCGCAGCCAUCGAUGCACAGAGAAAACAGUCACCACAGCCAUACUUCCUCGAACAGGUCCGAGAGGCAAUUUUCACAGACUCUUCCAGAUGACAGACAAUCCAAUUCCAGCCGGCUGCAUGAUGGGUCUCAUCCCUCAGACAUGCACCCCAUCGAGGAGAUCGCCCAUGGGAUGCAAUCUCUCGAAAUUUGAUAAUUUCAUGGGAGAGCACACCUCUGUUGUGCAUGAUGAAUAAUUAUCGUAAUGCUACCACUGACAUCAUCUCCGACCACGACUCGUAUUGUGCCCAUGCCUGGCUGCGCCAUGUACCCCACGACCGGUCACAGAAUUUAUUUCCUGUUUACUAAGCUUCA